UGAAUACUUUGUAGUGAGCUUGUAACAAAGGUUCUGGCUCGAUUGAUCAACAAAUCUGGUGAUCAGAUGCUCUCAUCAGUUUGAUCUGGUCAGCCUUCUCGCUAACUGAAGUAAAUCCUAUUACAAACCUUGUGACGAAUUUUGACAGUGAACGACGGCCAUAUUGAUUUAUCUGGGACGAAAGAUCAUCGACUGCACAAGGACUGUCCUUCGAAAUCUUGAAUCAACAAAAGUUAACGGCCUUUAACUCUGUAAAAAGGCUCAUAUAAAUAUCCCUGCUUCAGAAGGAAGAAGUGCAGUUGGAAUUACUAGUCUGAAUUUCAUCUGGAGACUGUGUAAAUAGUCACCAACAUGUGUUGUAGUUGUCUUUGUAGUUGCAUUCAAAGUUUUCUGUCAAAUUGUUGCAAAUGCCUUGGCAAGAGUUGUAUGGCGAUAUGCCGGGGGAUUUGCCGGUGUUUCUGCAACGCCGUUUCCCCUGGUUGUGGUUUCCUUCUGCAAAUCAUCUUUUACGCCAUAUUUCAAGGCUUCAACAUUGGCACUGACGUCGGCGUCUUUUUAGAAACGUCCAAGACAUACGCGCGUUGCGAUGAGCUUUCAACCGGGAUGCUUCAACCUCUGAGCAACGACACAAACCUGACGCGUCCUUACUGCGUCGCGACGGAAAACGCUACGCAAGCGUUGCUAGGAGAAAAAGCAGCAACGCUUCAACUCCUAGAGGGCGUUUUCUUUUUCUUCAUAUGCCUCUCUGGUGGGAUUUACGUGAUCCACAUAGUUGUACUGUUCCCGAACACGUGCAAACACUGGAAUGAUGAAAACUUCGAGAACAUGGUCAGCGAGGCUGGUCCUUACUACCAGAAGAUCCUUCAAAUUCACACCCUGUUUCUACUGCUGGAGACGUUGGUUCACGAUGUGCCUAUGUCGUGUCUGGCUGUAGAGCUUUGUGCGCAGAUGUGGGGAGCCGGUGGCAUAAACUGCUGGGAUUGUGCCCUAACACCUCAAGAGCUCCCUAAAAAUCCCAUGGCGCAGAUCAAUUGUGAGAUGUGGCUGGGACUUCUCCUGGGUUCCAUAGCUAUUGUGAGCAUUUACAAGGGUAAGUGAAAAGUAUUCUAUCUAUUUAUUCCAGCAUUUAUUUAUUUAUUUAUUUUUGAUCUGGCUCAAACAUUACCUAUACAUGUAAAAAAAAUCAAAACAAGACAAAACAUGGCUAAACAAACAAAGGGAAACCCAGGAAUAGUAUAUUACUCCAAAUAAAAUCUUUGCUUAUUUGCAGUCCUUUUAUUUACUUCGCCCCCAAUUUUCAUCUGUGAGGUUUCUUUCAUAACGGGUCUCGUGACUUUUGACUAUCAAUCACUUAUCAACUCCAGACCUACAAAUAACGUGUUCUUCCCAGGCUGCUUUAUAUCUCUAAAUCAUAUUUUCAUUUCAGGUAUCUUGCCCCUUUAUUCAUGGAUUGGUAAUCCCUUCUGCUGGGCCUGCUAUCCACUUCGCGUGUGCGUGGUGCUCCCAGCUGGGUUCCUUUACUGUGUGCUCGCCUUAUCCCCCGCCAUGGGAGUGGCCAUAAAUCGCCUGUUUAAAGUGGCGCCCCAGAUGAAGGACGAAAUGGGAACAAUAGCAUCGACCAUUUGGACCUUUGGCUUGUUCUUUUGGGGUAUCAUAUUUUUGCUGACCUUCCUGUACUGGUACUUCUGUGGUAAAUGUUUAUGUAUGUUGUGUUGUCCCUGUGAGAGGAAGGAAAAAGCCGAUGGCUCCAAGGAGGGAUGUUUGUGUUGUUAAUGAGAUCAAGACGGUGAAAUAUGAAUUGUCAUUUGGUUUCUUGAUUGCGAAACUAGUUUGUUUACGUUUGAUUACUACUUUUAAUUUUUGUUACUUCGCAUAAUUUUGGAGAGCAUGCUAAUUCGGGAAAAAUGGUGGUUCCAUUCAGUCAGUCGUUUCAAAUAAUUACUGUCUCAUUUAACUAAGAUUCAGUUUGUUUUUGAGGCCAAGGCUUCAGUAAUCCAUAUUACAACUAUAAUGAUGUCAUGAUCCAAGUCCACACUCGGAGAAAUAAGUGACCUUGGCUCACCAAAACAGGAAGUUAAAGAAAAACAAGACUCCUUGUAGAAAUAAGAGCGCAUGACGUUUCCGCCUAAGUAAAACACUUUCGGUUGAUUGUCGUGAGAAAAUCGAAGAAAGCGUAACAGCCAAUCAGAAUGAAGAUGAAUAUCACUGGGAUCGAGACAAUGUUCAGUAUGGCGCUGUUGAAAUCAUAAGCUCUAUAAAUUGUCCUUAUAUUUCUUUUAUAUAUCGCUUAUAUUUAAGUAACAUUCCUCUGCCUCUUAUCGAGACAAAUUAAUGUUGCUGUCUAAAGAUUUCAAAAUAGUGAAACUCUCACCCGAGAUUUUAGGUGCUCUGAUAUUUAUGCUGCUUGGAAAUAUCAUUAUUAGUCUAUCAUUCUAUUAUUAUUAUUAUUAUUAUUAUUAUUAUAUUUAUUAUUAUUUUAAUCAAGAUCAAGUAUGAAAUUAAAUGGAGAUAGAAGGUGAAGUAAAUGUCGUAAAAGGUAACAGCCUUUUUGCGUUACCGAAGCAAAGAAAGAGUUGGUAUGAAACUCUCUAAGGUUUUUUUUCUUUUCUCAGCUGUCAACUUCACAUUCCACUAUUUUAUUUGUACAAAGUUUCAUUUUUUUUAGUUAAGAUAUCAUAUUUAUUUUUUGGUAGGCUAAAACAGAAAAAAAAUAGUUAAAGUGACCAAACCAAAACGCUGAGUCUGCAUCUAUAAUACAACCUCCUCAGGAGGAAUAACAGGGACACCAGGAAAUAGGUUGUUAAUGAUUAUGUGUCAAUAGGAUGUAACUUGGGCAAUAAUUUAAAGACUUAAAUCAACCAGUUUCGUUGUAAUUUAUUCGUUAGGAAAGUAAAAUCCGGUUUCAUUUCAUUCAGUUUGCGCAAAGUUAGCAUGUAUAAAAUAACUUAUGAAAAUUUAGUUAAUUUUGUGAAUGUAUCUGGUUUAAUUUGCCAUGGAAGUGAUAAGAAAAAACAUUAUUUUGUAGAACAUAUUAGUUAGAAAUAUACUUUUUUAUCAUUAUCUGUAAUGUCAAUAUAAGGAAAAAAUCAAUCAUGUAUUUGAAAGUCCUUUUCAACCUGACCUAUUAUUUUUGAAAAAGAGAGUAAGACAUAUUGAAUCAAAGAUUAUUUGCAGUAAUCUCUCUCAGAGCAAUUUUCAAUUGAAUGUCGAACGUAGUCAGGGAUUGCUUUGGUUUUCUUAAACUUGCUCUGUGACUGUUCCAGAAAAUUCGCCAAAUCCUCUCAACCAAUCAGGUGCAGAAUUGAAAACGAUCGCGAGUUGGUCAUUCGCGUUUUCCUGCGCGUUUUCCCUGCGCGUUUUCACGCGCUUCCAGCAGCUUGCUUGUUAUCACUUUGAGUUCUCAUUGGCUUAUGAUAAUGUGAACCCUUUUUCUAAUUGGUCAUUGGAUUACGUUUUUCGACGCUCAAUUCAAAACUGUUCUAUCAUAUUAACACAACUUGCAUUGAUCUGGCGUGUGGUUAUUAUUGUUUAAGGAAUAUUCCUUUAGGUCGAGCCAACUGAUCUCAAAUGAAAAAGGCCUUUUACUGGGUAGCCAGAGAAAUGCAGUUGUUAAAUGAUUUCAAAUGAACUAUUUUCAUAAUGCAGUAGUGAUCAGGAGAAAUUAAAACAUGAAUGCCUAGUACUAUGCAUACUAUCACUUGGACAAUGGAGCCUGGAAACACAAGCUAACCGUGGGUAAACCCAAGUCUUUACUAACUGCAAGCCAAUUUCAGUCGGUAGGACUAACAGGAAGUGAACUGGAGAGUUCCUUGCAGAAGUUACAAAUUGUCUCCUGGUAAAAAUUUCAAUUUUGGAGUAACAGCGUAACAGAAGUUAGAGUGGCUGUAACUGGCUCCAAAAGUUGAUUAAUUAUUUGAGUAUGAAAAGAGUCACAUGUAUCUAAGAACACACUUCUAUUUACAUUUUCCUUUGUGAUUGUUUUCACGCAAAAUAUCAUGAUAAAAGUUGCUCAUUAGUGAUUUUUUGCUGUGUUAGAUCUAACACACAACGCUGCGACAUAUCUUACCCUUUGCAAGAAGUCGCUUUAGUAAAGUUUUGCUUGUGGGGCAAAUUUUGAUGAUCUGUCGAACGCUCUUGAGACAUGGCUGUGACGAGUGCAACUGAAGCGAUAUAUAGCAGCAAAAACCUCAGGAGAGUGCCGAUUUGUCGUCGAAUGACCCCUUCAAUAUCUCGCUAUUUUAAAAGCGCGAUGCUUCGGCAACAAAUCUGCGAAAAACGCAAGGUGUGCUAAUUGACGAUCAUCGUUUGCUAUUUAUUUAGCUAUACUUUUACUCAGCAUUGUGCUUGCACCCAGAUCGAAAGCGGCCCACUGGACUGUUUUUGUUUCUUUAGAUUUCAUUUCUUGACCUGCUAUGAAGAAAAUAACCUGAC